AUGCCAGACCAGAAACCCGGCAAGCUCGGGCGAGUCCUCAGCUUCGCCAGCAACAAGUCGAAGAAGUCGGCCUCCAACCAGCAGCCGCUCAGCCCGCAGAAGAUCUCGAGCCAGCAGCAGCCGAACAGUCCUAGUCGGCAGCAGCAGCAGCAACCACAACAGUAUGGCCAUGCGAGGAAGAAUACGGGCCUGUCCGACAAGAGCGCAGAGCGGCCGUCGAGCAACAAGAUGCGCACCCACGCCGACCCCACGCUCGCCAUGAAUGAAGCGCAGCCCUCUGCAAUUGCGCUGGAGGAGUCGAGUCUCGGACAGCUGCGAGCCAUCCAGCACAAGGACCGCUUCGGCAACCCCAUCACGGAGCCGGACUUGUCGAAUCCUACUAGGUAUCGCUUUGAGCGCCCGCUGGACACUAUCAGGUCCUUCGAAGCCGCUAUCGACGGCUCUUAUGGGGGCCGGCGCAUGUCCUAUGCUCGCCCAGACGAGAGUACGAAUGGCUACAGUAGGCCCACAAGCUUCUUUGGAGGCGAUCGCUCCAAUGGCCAAUACUACCAACGAGGCGGCUACGAUAGCUACUCUGCCUCCCGCGGCUACCAGUCCAGGCCGGAAAGCUACGUCGAUGCGUACGGCAAUGGCAAUGGCAAUGGUAACGGUUACGGCUCGACCGCCGACAUGAACCAGUACAACUACAGCAAUCAGCGACCUGCUCGAGCCGGUCCACCCCGACAAGCGCCUCCUCGAACCAACUCAGAUCCUAACUACGGCUACGGCUCUUAUCCAACACACAACUCUAACCCCGCCAACUCUCAAUACCCUCAGCCGCAGUAUCAAGGUCAGCCUGAUAACCCAAACUCCAACUCCCCGUCUGGAUCCGGCGGUAGAUCCGUCGACCACUGGGUCAACUCCACGGACCCCAGCUCCGUCAACAGUUCCAUGGAUAGGUUGGCGCAGCAGCAGCAACAGCAGCAGCUUCACCCACAGGGACAGGGACAGAAGUAUGAUGACCAGCUUGCCGAGUCGUAUGGACUCACUGGCUUUGGUACCGAUCCCCAGCUAGACCAACAGCCCCAGAACUUCAUGAGUCAUGGCCAGGAGAACAUCUACAGACCCCAGCAGCAGCAACAACAACAACAGACACCGCCCAGUGUGCCUCGGAAGAACGUUCCUGCUGCUGUUACUGCCCCAGCACCGGCCGUAACGUCAGCAACGCUCCAGGAAGGUAAACGCAAGAGCUGGUUCAAACGACGGAUCAGCAAGUCUUGA